CAUAUAGAAUUAUGUAAAAAGCCGUAUUCGAUGAAAGUCGUAUGUACGGCUUGGAGGGAGAUCUUUCAUAUCUUUCGAGAUCCACCCUAUAAAAUGGGGUCAAAAAGUCAAAAUAAAUAAUUCGUUUUUAGCCCUUUAUAAAAAGAAAACUAAAACUAAUUCUUGAACCUCUUUCACGCCCAUGUCACGUUGAGGUACUGCAGAAGAAAAAACUACAAAAUUUGAUCCAAUUUAUCGUAAUCGAUUAGUUAACAUGUUGGUUAACCGUAUUCUGAAACAUGGAAAAAAAUCAUUGGCUUAUCAAAUUUUCUAUCGAGCCAUGAAAAAAAUUCAACAAAAGACAUAAACAAGUUUGUGAUUUUUUGUUCUAUUAUUACAAAUUAUCUUUUUACCACAUGUAAGUUGCAAUAUAAUUUCCAAUGAUUAAGUUAUUCACUUCUCGAUCCACCAACUUUUUAAAGAUCCCACAAGCUUCGCCAACAAGACUCGGAAAUCCCACCGGUUGACUUGACCCGCCAAUCCUAUAAACUGACAGCUCAUCCCACUCCUCUCCGAAAGAGACUUCGACAGCGUCAUGGAUUCAGUAAUCUCCAAGAAAAUCCUCCUCCCUGUUUCCGUCCUCUUACUUUUCCUCUCCUGCCACGUCUACUUUCCUUCCGUCGAUAGGAAGGCCUUGUUCUUCUUCUGCAACGUGAUCUUGCUCUUCAUCACGACACACAGCAUUGUGGAAGUCGAUGAAACAGCAAAGACCCAUGCAAGUCCCAAUUACAGCCAGAUGGAAGCCAUCGAAAUCGAACCAUGUCUUGUCGAGGAGACUGCUGCUGUCGCAACGACUGCAGCAGACUGCUCCAUAAAUCGAACUGAACCAGAGCAAGUGGCUCAGUUGGAAAAACCAGAAUCCGGUGACGCUGGGUCACCCUGUGAUGCCUCAGUAGAAGACGGAGAGGACGACGACGAAAGCAUGAUAUUUAAGAUUAGUGACCACGAGGGAGAAGUGGAAGAGGACCAGCAGAGAGAUGAGCUGCAGGAAAAGAUUGAGGCGUUUAUAGAGCAAGUGAAGAGACAGAGGAGGAUGGAAGUUCUUCAACACAAUGUGAAGGAGGUUUUCAUGAGAUAAGAAUGAAAACGGAAAACAUGUUCAAUAGUUUUCUGUUGCCUUCUCUUUUUCAGAGCUAAAUAAAUUUUGAAUGAGAAAAAGAUGAUAG